AUGCCAGGGCCUUCGCCAGGGCUGCGCCGGGCGCUACUCGGCCUCUGGGCUGCCCUGGGCCUGGAGAUCCUCGGCCUCGCAGCGGUCGCGCAGGAGCCCUUCUGGGCGGACCUGCAGCCUCGCGUGGCGCUCGUGGAGCGCGGGGGCUCGCUGUGGCUGAAUUGCAGCACCAAUUGUCCUCGGCCUGAAAGAGGUGGCCUGGAGACCUCGCUGCGCCGCAACGGGACCCAGCGGGGCUUACGCUGGCUUGCGCGACAGCUGGUGGACAUCCGCGAGCCUGAGACCCAGCCAGUGUGCUUCUUCCGCUGCGCGCGGCGCACACUGCAGGCGCGCGGGCUCAUCCGCACUUUCCAGAGACCGGAUCGCGUAGAGCUGGUGCCGCUGCCUCCCUGGCAGCCGGUGGGUGAGAACUUCACCCUGAGUUGUAGGGUCCCAGGAGCCGGACCCCGCGGGAGCCUCACGCUGACCCUACUACGGGGAGCCCAGGAGCUGAUCCGCCGCAGCUUUACGGGGGAGCCGCCCCGAGCGCGGGGUGCGGUGCUCACAGCCACGGUGCUGGCGCGCAGGGAGGAUCAUGGCGCUAAUUUCUCCUGCCGCGCGGAGCUGGACCUGCGGCCUCACGGCCUGGGGCUGUUUGAAAACAUCUCGGCACCCAGACAGCUUCGAACCUUCGACUUGUCUCCAGAGCCCCCGCGUCUCCUUGGUCCCCGGCUCUUAGAAGUGGGCUCAGAAAGGCCGGUGAGCUGCACUGUGGACAAACUCUUUCCCGCCCCUGAAGCUGGGGUUUACCUCGCUCUGGGAGACCAGAGGUUGAAUCCUAAUAUCAUCCUGGAGGGGGACACCCUCAGGGCCACUGCCACAGCCACCGGUAGCACAGAGCAGGAGGGCUCCAGGCAGCUGAUCUGCAGAGUGAACCUAGGGGACGAAAGCCGCCAGGCCCAGGAGAACGUGACCGUCUAUAGCUUCCCCGCGCCUCUCCUGACUGUGAGCGAGCCCAGCGCCUCUGAGGGGCAGAUGGUGACAGUCAUUUGCACAGCUGGGACGCAAGCUCUGGUCACCCUGGAGGGAAUUGCAGCUGCCGCUCCAGGACAACCCGUGGAGCUCCAGCUCAAUGCGACCGAGAACGAUGACGGGCGGGGCUUCCUCUGCUAUGCCACCCUCGAGGUGGAAGGGGAGAUGCUUAGCAAAAACGACAGCACCGAGCUGCGUGUUCUCUAUGCCCCCCGGCUGGACGACUCCGAUUGUCCUCGAAACUGGACGUGGCCCGAGGGCCCUGAGCAGACGCCGCGCUGCGACGCCCGAGGGAACCCGGAGCCUUCCGUUCACUGUGCGCGGCCCGAUGGCGGGGCGGUACUGGCGCUAGGUCGGCCUGGCCCUGUGACCCGAGCACUGGCGGGUACCUACCGCUGCACAGCCGCCAAUGCUCAGGGGACGGCCGUCAAGGAAGUGACGCUGACUGUGGAGUACUCACCAGCCCUGGACAACGUGGGCUGCCCGGAUCGCCUGACUUGGGUGGAGGGAACGGAGGCAUCACUGAGCUGUGUGGCACAUGGGGUCCCAGCCCCCAACGUGAGCUGCGUGCGCUCUGGGGAGGCUGAUGCCGUGGAGGGGUUGCUGCGUGUGGCCCGGGAGCACGCAGGCACCUACCACUGUGAGGCCACCAACGCGCAAGGUUCUGCGGCCAAAACUGUGGCCAUCACGGUGGAAUAUGGCCCCAGCUUUGAGGAGCCGGGCUGCCCUAGCAACUGGACAUGGGUGGAAGGAUCCGGGUCGCUGUUCUCCUGUGAGGUGGAUGGGAAACCACAGCCCAGUGUGGAGUGCGCAGGCUCGGAAGAUGCCAACGAGGGAGUGGUGUUGCCGCUGGAUUCCUCCAAACCCAGACCCAGAGGCCCCCCUCUCCCUAGUGACCUGCCACCCGGGGUCUACCUCUGCAAUGCCACCAACCCCCACGGCUCCUCGGUCAAAACCGUGGUCGUGAGCGCGGAGUCGCCGCCCCACAUGGAUGAGUCCACCUGCCCCAGUCACCAGACAUGGCUGGAAGGGGCUCGGGCUGUUGCGCUAGCCUGCUCUGCCCGGGGCCGCCCGUCUCCCCGCGUGCGCUGCCUGCGCGAGGGCGCACCCCGGCCAGAGAGGCCGCGCGUGUCCAGGGAGGAUGCGGGGACCUACCGCUGUGAGGCCACCAAUGCGCACGGCACAGACUCUCGGACUGUCACCGUGGGCGUGGAAUAUCGACCGGUGGUGGCUGAGCUGGCUGCCUCUCCCCCCAGUGUGCGGCCUGGGGGGAACUUUACCUUGACCUGCCGCGCAGAGGCGUGGCCUCCGGCACAAAUCAGCUGGCGCGCACCUCCCGGGGCUUCCAACAUCGGCCUGUCCAGCAACAAUAGUACGCUGAGUGUGGCAGGCGCCAUGGGCAGCCAUGGCGGCGAGUACGAGUGCGCAGCCACCAACGCGCAUGGGCGUCACGCACGGCGCAUCACAGUGCGCGUGGCUGGUCCCUGGCUGUGGGUCGCCGUGGGCGGUGCGGCAGGGGGCGCUGCGCUGUUGGCCACGGGCGCAGGGCUGGCUGUGUAUGUGCGCUCCACUGCGUGCAAGAAGGGCGAGUACAACGUGCAGGAGGCCGAGAGCUCGGGCGAGGCCGUGUGUCUCAACGGCGCAGGCGGCGGCGCCGAGGCAGGGGACACCAUCGCGGAGUCCCCGGCCGGGGGCGAGGUCUUCGCCAUCCAGCUGACGCCCGCGUGA